UUCAAAUAAUUACCGAUGUUACUCAAUAUGGGGACAACACGAUUUAUACAUACGGUGAUAUCGUUUAUUUUGUUGGUGCGUGUCUGUAUGUCAUUGCAAAUCUAAGAGAUGAUGGAUGGCUUUGGUUUUUCCCAUUCGCUGGACAAUAUGGCAUUCCUCCAGGAAGAAUUGAACGUAUCAAACCUAUAACAGUUGGAAAAGGCCAUCUUUUAAUGACUGAGUGCUGUUGUCCUCGAAAAGCUGACGUACUACCAUUCACUACCGACAAUGAUAAUAAAAUGGAAACAGAAUCAAUGAAAGAACUACCUAAUGGAGAUUCAACUGUUCAUGCCACGAAAGAAAAUAUCAACGCACCAAAACCACCACAACGUUCUGCUGGUGAUACGAUCGUUUAA